AUGCCCCGUUGCUAUAUCGUAAAAAAGCAAAGCGGGCUAGGGAACGACAAGGAUGCCGGCAGAGCAAUUCCCUACGGUCGGCUCGCUACUAAUGGGUUGCUACCCAGCCAGCCAAACGGCAGCGUUAGUAGUGGUGGGGUUGGAAACGGCAGCGGCCAUGUUACCAUUAUCAGCGGGACCAGCAGUAGUAGCAGCAACGGAAGCAGCACAACGGAAGUGGGAAAUGUGAUUGUGAAGCAUAGCAGCGCUGGUGGCAACGGCGGUAGUCCACUGGUUAGCCCAGGGGGAGUGAUCUGCAGUCCCAGCCCGGCUUCGGCCGGAAAUGUAAUUAUACUGAAUAGUGUGAGUGUGAUCAGUGGUGGUCCCGGAGCGAUAGGAAAUGUGAUUGGAGCUAGCGGUACCGGGAUCAUUGCCAGUGGAGGAGGUGGAAUGUCCGGAACGGGCGGUGGAGUGAUACAGCGAUUGGACGAAAACGGUGGACCCACCAGUCCUACGGAGGCGUGCGUUGCACCGGUUUACUACACCAAUAUUGCGGAACACCAAAACGGUAAGUUGCUCGAUAUAGUUCACGAGUGCAAUUAG